CAAAAAGAAUCGCUGUGAUAAGAACCUUGGGAAACUACGUAGAGGACUAGCACAAGCAUUUUAUUGCAUAGACAAAGUCCAAGAUGCCUUGAAUGAAAUUCAACUCUGUAUUACAGAGGGAAAUCAUGUACGUUCUGAGGAGAGAGCAAAUCUUUGGAUGGCUCUUGCUGAUAAGAGAGGCACGCAUUCUAGAGAAAGGCAGUUUGCUUUUGUUGGCUACGAAAUUGCUCUUCACUUUGUACCUCCACAUAAUUUUCUCCUGAUGAGUGAUCUGUUGUCUAAAAUGUUGCUGUUGUGUGGUGAGAUGGGACCAUCUUUUGCACAGAAAGCCACAACAUUCAUAAAGAAAGCCCAAGAAAUCCAGACAUGUCCAUCACAGGAACUUGCAGACAUUUGGUGUAAUUGUGGGAAAAGGCUUAUGGCAUCAAAAUCAUUUGGGAAAAUAUCUCUUGAAUGCUUUGCUCUGGCAGAAACAUUUUUACCAGAACCUGAUAAGUGCAUUAAAGCUAACAUCAGUUAUUCAAGGGCAUCAGCAAUCUUAUCAGCCAGUAUGUCAAGUCAUUAUCAGCUGGCAGUCAAUGAUGCAAGGACCUAUGUGGAACAAUUUCCUUCAUUUGAGGGUUACACACUGCUAUGGAAAUGCUGUCUUUGUGUGCAAGAAUGUAAUGACGCUCUCACAACUUUCAAGAAGGCGCAGGAGAUUAUGGAGGACAAGAGAGAGCGCAGAUAUAAAGAAUUUGUCGAGUUUUUCUCAACAGCAGUAGGACAAAAAGGUGAACACAAAUUAGCAGAUGAAUCAGUUUUUGUGUAUGAGUUAUUCUUGCUUUCUGUUUGA